AGAGAUAAAUGAUACAGUUUUACUAAUAAUGACUAAUACUACUAAUUUGAUACUACUAAUAAUGAUAUCAAUACAGACAGUAUGUGUCCAGCGUGGCGUGCAAUCUUAACCAGUCUGAGUAUUACACAUAUCUUUCAACGAGCGCAGUUGCUAGGGGCAGACUGUUGUUUUGGAGCCGCGGCGACCCCUAUCGUCCCGACACCGCAUUACACAUCAGCUGUUGAACUGGGUACCAUUUGAUACACUGGAUGGAGGCGUUGUAACAUUAUGCGCCACCGCGAUGGACUACCUCCGUCAAUUAAAGUCGGAAUUCGGGAUUAUGAGACAACUGUUAAAAAGAGGCUAGUUUGUCUAUUUCUAUCUAAUUACAUAUAUAAUCCACAAGUGGGACUAGAGCGUGGUCCUUUUAAAUCAUAUGGCGUCUGGAUGCAGCCGAGAAGCUGCAUCGAGGUUUCUAACGGAGCGGGGAGGGAGCGUGAAAAACGAGGAUUCGCAUGAACAUUUUCAGCCAGGUCUGUCGAUUGAUCCUCCAGACACGGCGCUGAUCAACGAGCUAUUUCAGAUGAACCUGGACAACGCGGCCCUCGUAAAUCAGGACGAUGGGACCAAUUCCGCAUGCUCGGGAAAGGGAGACGCUCAUUCUAUGUGUUCCGGACCGAAAACUGUCGGCGAAUACGAAGGCAAUGAGAUCGCUGAUCGGGACCUCCUUGACAUAGGCCGGGACAGUGAUCGUGCCCGUGUGUCUGCGAUGCAUCACCUGGAGCACGGUGGCCCAUCGCCAAGGGACGACUCUGCUUUAAAUGAGAAUCUUCGCUCUAACCGCAGUUUUCCGAAAUGUGCAAGCGAUGCCGCAGAACAGGAAAUAUCAGCUGUCCCAGGUUGCGGAACCGACAUAGGGAAAGGGGAGGGAGCUGGUUCUCACGCUUCUUUACUGGAAGCCUCCAGCGCGGCUCGGGAUGGUGAUGGUGCCCGCACAAGUUCUUUACUUUGUGUCACUCUCGCCAAGGAGUUGCCGGACAUGGGGAAUAAAAGCUCAAAGAAACCCCCCAGCAUUAAAAGGAAAAGUUCGGAUAGUCGUGAUUCCAGCGGGAUCUCAAUUCCUCAGAUCGCCAGGGUCGCGCCGUCUUCUUUACCGCAGAAAACCGGCGUGACGGUUUUCGACUUACCCGAAAAUCAAAGAGAAGAUCAAAGCGCUAUGAGAGUCUCUAAUAAAACGACCUACCGGCAUCAUCUUGGCAAUGAACUGCAGCGUGGCAAAAGUGCGCAGGGAGCUGACUUAAGACUGUCCGCAGAAACGAAACCAGGCGCGGAGGACGGUGAGCCUCGCUUGGCCAAGGGAGCGCCGCUGCGGAUCAGUAAACUGCGACGGUCAAAGCGAUCGCGGCGCGGUUCUCUGUCCAGUGGCCUCUCCACAGACUGCACCGAUGAAGGGCAGUCUGACUCACGCAGCUUAAGCGGGAAUGACAACAACACGCCGCGGAGCAGCCGCAAGAACUUUGUCCAGCUUAUGAUAAACAGCUCCCCGCAGGUUCGACGGAGCCUGGCGCUCAGGAACACUCCCCACCUUGGGGCCAGAGACGUGGUGCGGGACGACGGUGACCCUGCUGACGAUGAGAGCGGCUCGGUGGCCCUGGACCCCUUGGAGCACCAGUGGAUGAUGUGUGCGUCCGAUGGAGAGUGGGAGAGCCUCCACCAGCUACUUUCACAGGACCCUAACCUCGUGAACAAGAAGGACUUUGUAACCGGGUUCACUUGCCUCCACUGGGCAGCCAAGCUGGGAAGGCAAGAACUACUAUCUCAACUGGUGAACUUCGGCAAACAGAAUGCCAUCUCAGUGAACAUCAAUGCCCGCUCUAGCGCUGGGUACACCCCUUUACACCUAGCCACUAUACACAACCACCCAGAGGUGGUCAAAUUUCUUGUGGGGGCGUGUGAGGCCAACGUGGAGGCCAGGGACUAUAAUGGCAGGAUGGCGUGGCAGUACCUCUCACGCACCACAUCCAAGAACAUGUAUGAUAUUCUGGGGGGAAUGCCAGGCUUCUGGUCUGAGAGUGGAGAGGGCGGAGCCAGUCGCAGGACCGCGUCAAAAGUUCUUCCCUAUAACCUGGUGACUUUUGGGCCAUUCAGUUGCCUGGAUGAGCAAGUGUGCGAUGGUGAUGCUUCAGAGAAGCCCAAAUUAGUAAGCAGGAAGCCUUCUUUGAAAUCGAGGUUGCCUAAGAUCCGGGUCAGAUCCAGGAUAGUCCACAGCACUUCAUUCAGAGACCCGGAGGAAGUGAGAGCAUCUGCCCGGAGCAUUGUGAGGUCAAGACCCAAAUCAAACAUCUUUGGGUGAAGCUUCAAUGUCACAGACUUUCCAUAAAAAAACAGAUAAGGAUAUACAAGGAGACCUGACCACCUCUCAAACAUAAAGGGGAAAAAAGUACUGUGAAUAUACUGUAUAGAUGCAAUUUUUUAAUUAGUGCCAAGAUAGACAAAUUUGUCAUUUUUAUAUGAAUGUUUGUUUUUUCUAAACGUAGAGCCAAGUUCUUGCAUUGGGAGAAGAUUAUCCAAGGUUGUAAUGCAAUAAUUACAACAGCUGUGAAAUUUGUACUCAAAGUAACUUAAUAGUGAAGCUAUUUCAGGAGUUAAGCAUUGUUAAGCCUUUUUUCUACUGCUUUCUGUAAUGUCCUGGUCUGUCCCUUUUCGAGGCAAUACAUUAAUACAUGUAACUUGUAGUUACAGUGCCAAUUACAUGGUUAACCUGCUAAGCUAGGUGUUACUAGCUUUUUAGAGACAGCUGUGACCUUCAGCACUCUGGUUUGGCAUCUUGUCCCAUUUAGGAUAGCUAGUGACCAGUACGAACUGUGUACUUUGAUAAAAUGAUGCUGUCAUGGCGUUUGUUUGUCACACCAGGCAUACAUAUCCUAUUAACAGGACUCCUGGGUCUUUUCGCAUUAAGUCUUUUUUGAUGGUUUGCUUAGUAAUGCUUCAUACAAUACUACUUUACUGGUUCAUACGUACUUUACUGGUUUUGUGGUUAGUGUUGCUGACAGUGUGGUCAGUGUAGUUUUGAGGCCGUGGAUUGACACCUUAUAGAGAAAAUCCCUGAGGAAUGUGCUUUCCUUUAUUCUCUCUGUAAAAUGACUAGCUCUGAUGGAUAAAAGUAUACCUUUCUGACACACAGGUAUUGUCAGUUGUUGGAGAAAACAAGCAUUCUUCAUAUGAAUUUAGUUAUUAACAAGCUAAUGAUUACAGCAAAAUCAAACCCCUCAUUUAUAGGGUACCUGUGUAACUGCACUGCAGCCUUAACUCUUAAAUGAUUGUAGUACUGAACAACAAAUAGCUUUUUGGGCCGUAAGCAGUUUAUGUACAUACCUGUGCUAAAAGUAUGUGCUACUGCCACACCUGAGUGCAACUGGAACAAGAUGCAUGCAGCAGGAAUUCUUGGCAUGGACAGGGCUGCACAGUGCAUUUAAAAACACAGAGUGAUCUGUCAGCAGUGUGCUUCAAAUAUCUGUCAUAUUUUGAAAAGCAGCAGAUCCCAUGAUGCCAGUCUGACGUGCCCCCUAACAUGCCAGGCAGACGGACUGAUGGAAACAGGUUAAGGCUUACAGCUGUCUAAAGAUGCAAGAUCCUUGGGUGGAAGAUGGGCAGACAGGGAGCGAGGUGCCAUCCGUACCAGCAUACACUAUCACACAUUCCGGGGUGGGGGGUUGUACUGAUGUUGAGUGUGUCCUUAACCUGAUCUCCCGUGCCUUGUGGUAACUGCGCAGUCUCAUGCAGUGAAGCAUUCCCUUAUUCCAUAAACUGAAUGUUUAGCAGAAGGGCGUUUGUGGCUGGUUUACAAGAUGAUCCACAAAAAUACAAAGUGCAUUAGAGCAAUGUCCUACUCUGCGAGACGGUUUUCCCUGUUACACACUUGCGUCAUAUUCGGUUGUGAUGAUGCUUGUCUCUCCAGUCAUUGCAUAUUUCAAAAAGCUCAAUAAUUUGAGUAAUUGUGUUUCAUGUUGUCUGCUUUAGGUAAUACUAGUGACUGUAAAUAAGUCUUGGGCUACAUUACUGUAUGUGCAGAGGUUUUUAUGUUUUUAUAUAACUGGUCACUUUCAUGGGUUAAUACUUAUUUCUUAUAAGUUGGUCAAAGUGUUUUCUUUGUGUCUGUUCUGAGUUCUGUUGCACUACAUGUGUGGGUUUUGGAGAAUUUUCUGCUAAACCAUAAGCAGUGUCCAAAUGAUUAUGUCUUAACCAUCAGCAGGAAGUUGCACUUGCUUGUAAAUGGCAGAGUGCCAUUUGAUUACAUUAAUUGGAGAAUGUGCUUUGUGUUAAAUGUAUCGUUUUGUGUACCAGUUGCAGUCUACUGCCCUUAGAUUGACUGGCGUUUUUCUUACCUUUUUGUUAAGGUUAUGGGAAUACUGUAUAUCUAACCCUACUGGAGCAUUUUGGUUGUCCUGUUUCAGGUUUUGAUUACAUGAAUGACUGUUAAUUAAAAUACAGUUGCUUUGUCAGCAUGACAUGCUA